UAAUAUAGAAGAGAGUAUUUUCAGGCAAACUUCAUUUUUACAACUCAUUUCUUGCCUAAGGAUAAUUCUUCCAAGAGGAUGGCUGGCUCUGUGAUAAACCUCCAAAGUAGUUGGUUUGUUUGUUUGGUUAAAGAUUUUUAAUUGUCCUAACUAAAUCUCACCAUUUUCUUUUUUUUUUCUUUUUUUUUCGAAGCUGGGGACCGAACCCAGGGCCUUGCGCUUGCUAGGCAAGCGCUCUACCACUGAGCUAAAUCCCCAACCCUAAAUCUCACCGUUUUCAUAAACAUUUUGUUUUUUUAACAACACAGCUCCUGAACCAGUACUUAGUUUAAAGCACACUCAGUAGCCCAGACUGGCUUGGAACUCCAACCCAGGUUGGCCUUGAGCUCUUCUGGGAUUAGAGGAGCAAGCCACUAGACCUGGCUUAGCCUGAUUAAUUUUGCCUACUUUAUUAAGCAUAGUGAAGAAGUUAGAAAAAUUUGCUUGUGGGGCUGAGAGAUAGCUUUUAGCUUAGUAGUUAAGAGCACUCGUUCUUGCAGAAGUCCUAGGUUUGAGUACCAGCAACCACACAGCAGCCUACAACUGUCUAUAACUCCAGUUCUAGGCAUUGCAACUCUUCUGAGGCUGAGACCACCAGACAUAAACACACACACACACACACACGAAGCUGAGGCAGGAGGAUUGCUAGUUCCAUGUCAACCUGAAGUUGCAUACCAAGACCUUAACUCAAAAUUCUCUUUGCCUCUCCUGUUUUGAAUUCUCUAUGGUUUGCUGUCCCAAUUAAAUACCAUUACUUUUUGAAGAAUUACAAUGAAAGCUAUUAUGAGGCCACAUAUAAGUGUCUAUAAGAACACAUGUUUCGUUGCUCUGAAAGAAAAUAGUGAGAUAUGGAAGUUUGGUUUAUAUGUUGUUUAUGUUUUAUAAGAAGUCAGAAAACAUGGGGGCUGGAGAGAUGGCUCAGCAGUUAAGAGUACUUGCUGUUCUUGCAGAGGGCCUGUGUUGGUUUACUUCUCAGUCCCCACACAGUGGGCCUCCACCAUCCCUAACUUCAGCUCCAGGGAAUCCGGUGCUGUCUUCUGACCUCUGAAGAUUUUGACUUCUAUACCACUAGACAUGCAUGUGGCACACAUAUAUACAUGCAGGCAGAGCAGCCAUACACACAAAAUCAGUAAAAAUAAAAAUUUGUUUUAAAGAUUUGCUCUCACGUAUUAGAGCUGUGAAUACCAAUGCUAGUAUUUUACCUAAGAACUAUCACAGUAUGGGAAGUCACAUUUCUGCACUUAAUUCUUUGGCAGUGAACAAUAAGUAGACUUACACUGUCUAAUGGUACUUCUAGCAACUAAGAUUUUUAUAUGCCUUUAAGGUCACUUAGGUUUUCAAAUGAGAAAGAGGGAAGAGUCAAGCAAAACUGGAAUAAUAGGUCUUACCUAAUGAACUGUCUUCACCAAAGAAGCAGCUAUGGGCUGGCUGGUGUAUAGCUCAGGACCCCUGUUUAGAUCCCCAGGGUAUCUUAAGAGGUUUUUUAAUCUAACUGGGAUAGUCAGAGUCCUUUAUUGGUCAUCAAAAAUUGGGAACUGUUUUAAAUAAGUUCUGACCUGAAAUCAAAUUUUCCCUUUCUUAAAAUCCUUUAUAUUUACUCAUACUCAUAGUCUCGUCUGGGAAUCUUAACUAACAGGGAACCAUUCGCUACCUCCCUGUUUCUUUCCUGCAUCAAGGUAACCUAUGGUACAGUGUGUGUCACCAGGAUGAGGUUAUGGAAUGCUUUUCUCAAAGCUGCUGUGUAUUCUCAAUGAAAACUAUCAAUAAAUACAAAAUGAUAUGACUCAAAAUACAAAUAGGCUCAUGAAACGAAUCAUGUGCUCUAAGCUGUGCUGACACUCUGCCUGCCUCUCGAGUCCCCAUGUGACCGACCAGCUAAUUAGAGAAAGUAGCUGGGACCGCCACUUUUCAUUACUGCGUAACAAGCCUGUAGUAGGAGCUGUUUGUCUUGCCUUUGGCAGACUUGCGCCAUAUUUUCUAGGGUUACCCCUCCGGUUCAUAAAGACUAUUUACAGUACCUGGGAAACAGACAGGCGAGCUGUACGGCAGCCUAGCUUCAGAUGCCAGAAGCGAGUGCUGUCCGAUGCUGACGUGAUGUGCAGACUUGGGAGGCUUCUGUCCAAGUUUUGGCAUGAAUGUUUUACACACAAGUUUUUUACUCCUAGGAAUUCUUUUUUCCAGACAAUUUUUUUGUUGGUUAUUAAGAAAGUCUAAGCAUCUAGAUGUCUUGUGGGGUUUUUUUUUUUUUUCUUCUCCUUAACUGUUAAGAACGUUGUCUUCCCAAUAAGUGUUGUUCUGUGUAAACUUAAGGAGUUAUUUGUCAUUUUUGCAUGUUUUAUGAGUUCAGUUUGAACAAUGCAUUUAAAAUCAUCUGGGAUGUCCAAUUCUGGCACUUUUUGUGUUUUAAACAUGUCUCGUGUGUUUCCAAACCUCAUUUUGUAUCUUACUUGAGAUAAUUGAAGUUGAUUGGGGGUAUUUGCUUUACAAGUGUUUUUUCAAGAAGUUCUUAACACACACAGUGUUUAGAUAUUUCCUGGGCUGUUUAUAUGCUCAGUUUGCCCUGGACAAAGUGGUGGUCUUACUAAGAUUUGAAUUCUUAAUACAAAACGGGUUCUACGUUUAAUCUAUAGUUCAGCUUGUUGCUGAAUCCCAGACAGUGGUAGACAGCUAAUUCUUGUGGUGUGUUCCUGACCAGUGCCCUCUAGUAUGCAUGUGAGUUUCCAGGUUUCUGGGCAUCAAUCCCACAGUGCAAGGAGAUCAUUUACUGUUACAACACUUUUCCAAAUUGGAAUGAAGGCUUUGAGACAAAGAAGCAAGGUGGGGAGAUCAUGCCAUCCACUGCAGUUUUUGUUCAAGAUGCACGAAAGACCCUCCAGUAUCUAGUGAUUGUAAAGGUGCUAGGAACACACAGAGACAGGAGAGCUCUGACUCCUGGCUGAGACUCCCUGGACUCCACUGCUCUGAACCUAGGGCGUGUUAGACACCUCCCCAUGCUGUUUCCAUGGAUACACAUAGGCUAUAGGCACGUGGUUUGGGCUGUACCAAAUUGUGAAUACUCGCUGUGUUGUGCCCAGUUGUUUUAUAUUAAUACUGCAACUGGAAUUGGGGUGGGUGGGUGGGGCAGCAGGGUGGGGGAGGGAGGGGAGUGUCUUUUGAAGACGUCAGCUCACUGUGCUGAGAGAGGGACCAAACUCAAGGAAACCUCUGAUCUAUAAAUUCAACUGCUGCAUUUUUUUUAUAAAUACAUGUAAAUGUCCUGUUGUAAUAUUUGAUCUUGGAAAUAAAAACAAAAACUUUUCAGUAUUAUUUUUUGAGCCAUUUUUUUUUGUCACCAGUGGGUAUUUAAUUUCAUGUAAUUCGAAUUCCAAAAGUAAGAGGUUUUUUUUAUUUCUUUGAAACGUGUUUCCCAGCACUUUAAGGCAGGAGGAUCAGCUAUUGAAGGCCAAUCUUGGCUACAUUGCAAGUUCAGGGUUAACCAGGGCUACAUGAAACCCUCUCCAAAAACAGCUAGACAUGGUUGGUAGUUCCAACACUAGGGAGGCAGAGGCAGGCAGAACUCUUGUGAAUUCAGAGCUGACCUGAUCCUUAGAUCAAGUUCCAGCACUACCAGAGCUACAUAGACCCUGUCUCAAAAAGAAAAACCAGGGCUGGGGAGAUGGCUCAGAGGUUAAGAGCACUGACUGCCCUUUUAGAGGUCCUGAGUUCAAUUCCCAGCAACCACAUGGUGGCUCACAACCAACUAUAGUAGAAUCUGAUGCCCUCUUCUGGUGUGUCUGAAGACAGCUACAGUGUGCUCAUAUAAAUAAAUAAAUAAACAAACAAACAAAUAAAUAAAUAAAAUUAAAAGAAAAACCAAUAAACAAGACACUUGGUUUUAUUGACAAAGGUUAGUUUGUGUUUGCCAGAUGUUGUUUGCUAGUAUAUUUUCCCUAAGUAACAAUUGAACAUUUUGACUAAAAUGUUAUGAAAGCGUUGGGUUAGCUGUAAGCCUUGAAAGCAUAACUAUAUAUUUAUAAGCUUAGCAACGAAGUAUUUAUCUUUGAGACCACUAAUAGCAGGACCAGAAGUCUACUAGAUGGGCAUAGAGGUGUCUCCUUGUGAUCCUAUCACUUGUAGGUGGAGAGAGAACAGCCCGAGGGGUCAUCCUUAGCUACAUGGCAAGUAGAUCUGCCUGGGCUAUGUAAUAUAUAUAUAUAUAUAUAUAUAUAUAUAUAUGGUUGGGGAUUUGGCUCAGUGGUAGAGGCCCUGGGUUUGGUCCUCAGCUCCGGAAAAAAAACAAACAAACAAACAAACAAAAACAACAACAAAAAAAAACCAAACCAAAAGUCUCCACUUAAACAAAUGAGGGGAAAUACUGCUAAAUGGGCAAAAAGUCCAAGAGAUAUGGUCAAGUUGUAUCAAUAGGCAUUGGAUUAUUGUAUCAAUAAUUGGAUGCUGCCUAACUCACCAAGGGUCAGUUUGUGCUUUUCCUUUAUUUGAACUGUUAGUGUCCCUUGUCUUGUUCCAAAACACCUAUAACCCCUGCAUUCAGAAGGCUGAAACAAGGGGCUGGGGAUUUAGCUCAGUGGUAGAGCGCUUACCUAGGAAGCGCAAGGCCCUGGGUUCGGUCCCCAGCUCCGAAAAAAAGAACCAAAAAAAAAAAAAAAAAAAAAAAAAGAAGGCUGAAACAGAGGGGCUGGAGAUUUAGCUCAGUGGUAGAGCACUUGGCUAGCAAGCGCAAGGCCCUGGGUUCGGUCCCCAGCUCUGAAAAAAAGAAAAGAAAAGAAAAAAAAGAAGAAGAAGAAGGCUGAAACAGAAGGAUUGCUUUGAGUUGGAGGCCACCCUAGGCUACAGAAUGAGACCUUGUCUCUCAAAAAAUAAACAGAGAAAAAAAAAUGAGAAGAUGGUAAAUUAACACAGUCCCUGUCCUCAACAAAUGGGUAAAACCACAGAUUUGACUACAAUAUGAAAAUGAGCUUGUGAGGGCUUAGUUUUAACUAGAAUAUUGAUGGGAUAGAGAUAAUAAAAACUGGUGGGGUGCUGUCUGCCUUUUUAAAGGCUCAGUCCUUAGUGUUGGGUUUUUUAAAAAGGAGCCAAGGAUAUGUUUUGUAGAUCGAGGUAUGGUGAGGUGGAAGGGGGUGCCUCUGGAGGCCCAUGCUGAGGCAUCCCUUCCCCCUGAGGUAUCAGCCACAGGACAGAUACAGAGUUUAGGGCAUGGGAGGGGGGGUUGAGAAGGGAGACAGAAGGAAAAAGAAGAGGCUCACUGGGAACACAGAGAGAAGGAAGGAGAGAAGAAAAAAGGGAUCAUAGAAGAGUAGUCAGAUUGAGAAGAGGACAAAUGGCCCCUUUUCUAGCAAACCAGGCCAGCCUGGUUGUUGCCAGGUAUCUGCAUAGACAGGAAUGCUAACACCCAGUACAGGAAAGGCAGGGCAGGGGUUGGGGGGCCAUAAAUAGGAUGUUGGGGAAUUCAAUUUAUUACUGAGGCCUGAUCUGAAGGCUGGCCAAGUAAUCUAAGAGCAAGAGAAUAAAUGCAAAAGUAUUUAUUAUGCAAAAAAAAAAGGAGAGAGAAGUUGAGGUUCUGAAGGGGUUGUGUGGCAUGUGGCGAGUGAAGGGUGGCUUGGAGAAUAAGUAUCCUGUGGUUUAGAAGCACUGGGAGGUGGAACUGGAGCUUUCAGUUUCAUCUGGGAUGAUGAGAAAACAUGAAUGAUUCAAGUUUCUGGCAUGUUGAGUGCAUCAGACAUGAUUGACAAAGCGAUUUUAUUCUCUGUGUAUGAACUUCUUUUUUGUUCUUGUUGUUGUUUUAUUUAUUUAUAUGAGUACAUUGUAACUGUUUUCAGACACACCACAAGAGGACAUCGGAUCCCAUUAAAGAUGACCACCAUGCAGUUGCUGGAAAUUGAACUCAGGAUCUCUGGAACCCUAGUACAGGAAACUGACACCAGAAAGGCUACGAGGAGAGGGGAACUGGAAUCAGAUCUGAGAAAUAGUGGCAAAGGUGGAGCUCAGUGCUGAGAGGGAUCCGGUCCCCUAGGGGGCGCCAAAGUCUAGGAUCACCCUGUAGAGAGGGUCUGCUAGUGAGAGAGGAGAUCCCAGGGAGGUGUCGGGGAACCAGUGGACAAUGUACAGGAAUCAAGAUCUAACUACCUCUCAGGCUGCAGGGGUCAAGUAAAAAGGGCCAGUCAAGUGUUUACUGGAGUCAGUCACUAAAAACCAAAAGCAUUUUCAGGGCACUGGGAUUGAACCCUAGCCUGAAUAGGCUCAAGUUUGUAAUACUAAGGAAGUAAAAUAAAACACCCACACUUCCUCCCAGGUGACUGAUAGUGUCUCAACUUCUUGAAACUUCCUUUUUGUUCCUAGUAAAGGAAUGUGCUCUAUUCUGUCAGCUAUCAGUAGAGGAAGAUUAGUCAUUCUGAAGAAGACUAGAAAACAGCUGGCCUGCUGGACCUGUUGUUUCCCCUUUCCCUUCCUCCACAUUCUUAACUUCCUCUUCUCCUGGCUCAGAGCCUAACUCUGAGUAGCCCUGAGAAUGGAACAUCUGUCUUUUUUUUCCCUAGGCCUCUCCACCCAGAAGAAGCCUUCUGUGGCACUAACUUUCCCACCCCAGCCCUAUUCACAAUCCAACCUCCAAUAUUCCUUUGAUCCUGCCUGCAAAUGCACUGUGAGGGCUGGAAGAGCCAAAUUGUGAGGCCAGCAAGUUUGUGAAAGGAUACAUCCCAGUGCUCUGUUGCUUUCAAAUGCUGAGCAGGAUGAGGAAACCAACCAGAUGCUGGUCUUUGUAAACCUGUUUAUUACAAGUAUAUAUGGAGAUUGUUUUUAAAAAUUUAAAAGUUGGGCUGGAGAGAUGGCUCAGCGGUUAAGAGCACUGACUGCUCUUCCAGAGGUCCUGAGUUCAAUUCCCAGCAACCACAUGGUGGCUCACGACCAUCUGUAAUGGGAUCUGAUGCCCUCUUCUGGUGUGUCUGAAGACAGCUACAGUGUACUCACAUACAUGAAAUAAAUCUUUUUUAAAAAAUUUAAAAGGGUUGGGGAUUUGGCUCAGUGGUAGACCCUGGGUUCAGUCCCCAGCUCCGAAAAAAAGAAAAGAAAAAAAAUUUUAAAGUUACAUUUACUUGUGUGUGUGUGUGUGUGUGUGUGUGUGUGUGUGUGUGUGUGUGUGUGUUUAAGUGUCACCACUUAGGUGGAGGUCAGAGGACAACUAACACCAUUUGGGUCCCAGAGAACUUCACUCUUGAAGGUAAGUGCCUUUGCCCACUGAGCCAUCUUGACAGCCUGCAUGUAUAUAGUUUAUUUAUUGUGUUGUUCAUAAGAUUAACCAUUGAGUUGUCACAAAUUGACCCUAAAGCAGUGAUCCAGCUGCCAUUACUAGUUCCCCACUAAGCUCUGCUCUUAAUGUUUUAAAGCAAUUAAAGCCCUUUCCCUUAUUCCACAGGUAAUGUUCUCAUAAUAUUCAUACAAGCUGAGCAGGGACUCAACCUUUAAUCCCAGCACUCUGGAGGCAGAAGCAACUGGAUCUCUGUGGAUUCAAGGCCAGUCUGGUCUACAGAGCAGUGUUCUAGGACAGCCAAGGCUACUCAGAGAAACCCAGUCUCGUAAAACCAAAGAAAAAUAAAUAAUACCCAGGGCUGGAGAGGUGACUCAGCAGUUAAGAGCAUCGACUGCUCUUCCAGAGGUCCUGAGUUCAAUUCUCAGCAACCACAUCUGUAAUGGCAAUAGAUGCCCUCUUCUGGUGUGUCUGAAGACAGCUACACUGUAUUCGUGUCCAUAAAAUAAGUAAAUAAUUCUUAAAAAUAAAUAAAUAAUAGCUAUACAAGAUUGUCAGCCAUUAAGUAAGCCUGUGGGGUGGAAACAGAUACUAAUAGCUGACUUGAUAACCUGUGACUAGGAUUCCAAUUAUACUAGUUGUAUAGAUAUAAGAUGUGACAGAAACCACAUAUAAGAUUCCUGUUGUUAGGCUGAAAUCCAAGAAUAGAAGGAAAAAAAAAACUAAAAAGGUACAUUUUACGUCUUAUUUAAACCUCAAAAUUUGUGAGGGGCUUAUUAUUUUUAACAGAAAAAUGGGUUCUGAAGCCCUUUCUGGCCUCCAAAGUUACUGCGUGCCUGCAAUCCACAUACUCAAGAUACACGAGGGUUUUCCCAAGUCUUUUUGGUUCAUUUUGUUUGGUUAACAGGAGUAAACUCUGUACAGAGAUUAUGCGCGUUAUUUUAUCUGGUAUAAGAGUGAACUCACGGGGCUGGAGAGAUGGCUCAGAGGUUAAGAGCACUGACUGCUCUUCCAGAGGUCCUGAGUUCAAAUCCCAGCAACCACAUGGUGGCUCACAACCAUCUGUAAUGAGAUCUGAUGCCCUCUUCUGGUGUGUCUGAAGACAGCGACAGUGUACUCAUAUAAAAUAAAACGUUUAAAAAAAAAAAAAAGAGUGAACUCACUAGUCUAAUAGUUCUUGAAUUCUUAGCAUGCUGGGUUCAGGGUAUUCAGAUCAGGAACAGAUCAGAUGCAGAUACAGCCUUCCCUCCCUAGGACAGUGGUUCUCAACCUUCCUAACGCUGCAGUCCUUUAAUACAGUUCCUUGUGUAGUAAUGACCCCAACCAUAACAUUAUUUUCAUGGCUACUUCAUAACUGUACUUUUGCAGCUGUUAUGAAUCAUAGUGCAAAUAUCUGUUUUCUCAUGAUCUUAGGCGACGACCCCUCUCAAACAGUCAUCCUACCCCAAAGGCUCUCUACCCGCAGGUUAAGAACCACUGCUCUAGGACCAGCUGUGUGAACUGAAAUUCCCAGAAAACAUUCUGCAGGAUCAUUUGAAUGACUAAAAUGUCUUUGGUUGGGGCUGGGAAGGCGGUUAAGAGCAAAGGACCUGGGUUUAAUUCAUGGUAUUCACAUGGUGGCUCACAACCAUCUGUAACUCCAAUUUCAGGGGAUCCGACGCUCUCCCUGGUCUCAGCUGGUACCGGGGAGACACGGAUAAAAUUCCUAUACACAUUAUAAGAAUAAUUCCAGAAUUUGUGAACUUAAUUCUACCUUCUAUAAAUUCUUUUCCCCCCUCUUUUUGUUUUUUUGAGACAGGGUUUCAGCUCUGGCUGUCCUGGAACUUGAUCUGUAGACCAGGCUAGCUUCAAACUCAAGCGAUCCUCCUGCCUCUGCCUCCUGAGUGCUGAGAUUAAGGGCGUGUGCCACCUCUGCCUGGCUUGUUUCCUAUAAAUUCUUAAACUGGCGGUGACAACCAAGGACCAAAUAGAGUGCAUUCUGCAUUUAUAAGUAUCUCUGCUAAGUAGGAGAAGGAAGGUAAUUAAGGAGAAACGUUUACCUGGCUUCUAGGAAAAAUAAACAGAAAUUCUUGGAUAGUAGUCGUCAUUUUUGCGUUAAUGUGACACAGACGGAUUUUAACCUGUUUGCUUUUGCUUUUGUUCUAUCUUGCUUUUGAGACGGGGUUCCUGUUUCCACUUCUGUCUUUUUAGGAUUGCAGGGAGUUUCUAUAUCUGGCUGCUGGGGCCUUGAAUAGGAGCUUACCUAAGGCCAGUCCGGAGCCAUCACAGUGGGGCAUAGUGUUUGUUGUGACGGACACUACAGGACGAUGCGCUGUGCUUGAACAAGAGAGGGAGAAGGCUGGGAUGCUGUCCUUUCCCCGCGUGGUGGCCUGCUCACGGACCUGUUCCCGCUUCCUGGGGCUGAGCCUGGGGACCGCAUCCCUGUGCUCUGCUGGUGCCAACAUUGCGCUCCUCUUUCCUAACUGGGAUGGGACCUACCUGAUGAGGGGCCUCAUUGGCAAGCAUGCAAUGCUGGGUGCUGGGCUCUGGGGAGGAGGCCUCAUGGUACUCCUGGCGGCAACUCUCAUCUCCCUGACCGGACGCUUCAGCAAGAGUGCACCCUGCCUGCAGGUGUUCGUUGGUCUAUUGUCAGGUGGCCUGGCUCUGCUUGGGGCUAUGAUUUGCUUUCUCACUUCCGGAGUAGCCUUGAAAGAUGGUCCCUUUUGCAUGUUUGACGUUUCAUCCUCCAAUCAGACACAAGCUUGGAAAUUCAGCUAUCCCUUUAAAGAUCUGCACAACAGGAAUUAUUUGUAUGACCAUUCGCUCUGGACCUCCGUCUGCCUGGAGCCCUCUAAGGCUGUGGUUUGGCACGUGGCCUUCUUCUCCGUCCUCCUGUGUAUCAGCCUCCUCCAGCUUCUCCUGGUGGCCAUCCAUCUUGUCAAUAGCAUCCUUAGCCUGUUCUGCAGCUUCUGUGAGAAGCGCUAGGUAAUGGAGCUCUCAGGGUGAGCUCCCCCAAAUCUUUUCUGCAAGAAUAGGUUGUGAAUCCCUCUUGGGCCUUCCUAUAGGAUGACAGGGCUUCCUUGCUCAUAGCAGGAAUGACAAGAAUCCGAAAGUCAUGCCGUGUUCUUUGAAAUGGUGAUACAGCAACAGAGGAAAUGCUGGUAUAUUAAUGAUCUCACUUCAGCCUCUUAAAAACCCCAUAAAAGUUGGCCACAUGUUAACACAGAGAAGUUGGGACUCCCUGAUAAUAACGAGCUUUCUAAUCCCAAGCACACAGCGAGGUGACCCUCAACUUCUUUUAUGUUGUUGUUUAUUCUUUUUGUCUAUUUUUUUAAAGAUAUAUAUAUUUAUUUAUAUAUGUGAGUACACUGUAGCUGUCUUCAGACACACCAGAAGAGGUCAUCAAAUCUCAUUACAGAUAGUUUUAAGUCACCAUGUGGUUGCUGGGAUCUGAACUCAGGACCUCUGGAAGAUCAGUCAGUGCUCUUAACUACUGAGCCAUCUUUCCAGCCCUCUUUUUGUCUUUUUUAAAGACAGGAUUUCUUUGUGUAGCCUGGACUGUCCAUUGUCCUGGAACUAGCUCAUAGACCAGGCUGGCCUCAAACUCAAGAGAUUUGCCUGCCUCUGCCUCCUAAAUUCUGGGAUUAGAGGUAUGUGCCACCACUGCCUGACUGACCUCCUAACUUCUAAAUUGAAGUUUACUGUUUUAAUAGACCUGUGUUUCCUCAAUCAUAGGCUGAUUGAAACCCUACUCACCAGUAUGACUACUGGUGCCAGGCCCUUACACGGUAAUCAGAGAUAUACCAGUCACAAAGGUGAGAUCCAGAUCCAUUAGGAUUGGCAACCUCACAUGAAGAGCUGGUGAUCUGAGAGCUACAGCCGGGAGCAUCGUCAGUUUUAGACCAGCCUGGGCUACAACACUGAGACCCGGUCUCCAACAAAGAGACUCAGGGCAUAAGGGAGGCAGUGGGUAGGGAGUUCUGGGAAACUGAGAGAGUAGUUGAGUAGUUUACUGGUACAGCAUAAGUGAUGUGUUGGGUCAGUUUCCAACACUGGAGAAGGAAGGAAGGAAGGAAGGAAACUACUCUGGGAGAAAGCUACAGAUGACCAUGCUUAUUAGCAUGAAGAGGAUUUGGUGGGUCCCUUAUUAGCCAGUGAUUAAGAGCAGGCUAGUGCCUCAGAACGCUGGGUAGAGAGCACGGCAUGCAAGGGUUAUUAAAGUCUGAAGGCUGAAAUCGCAUUCACCAGGUGCAGGCUGAGGGCUGGGUUUUAAAUAAUAAGGACCCCUUUCCCAAUAGGGAGGGAGGAACACUUUGAUCUCUAAAACCUCAGACAAGUGUCCUUUCUCACAGAAGAGGUUCCUUUACAUCUGCUCCUCUCCCAGCAGGGAAAGAAGGAACCUUUGACCUAUAAAACAUCUUACAAGUAUCCUUCAUCAGGAGAAGAGAAAAACCCUUUAUUUAUAUUCAAGAUGGGGCUCCUAGGGGUGAGGGGUGUGGGGGUUGGGGGGGAGGUUAGGAAAACCGGGACCUUCCCUAAGCCAGUUCAAAAGAGAGACCAAUGAGAUGGCUCACUAGGUAAAAGUGCCUGCGCUAAACCAAAGUCCUGGGGUUUAAUCCAUAUUGCAGAACUGUAAUUGCCCUCUGACCCACACCCCCCCACAACUCCUACCCCCAUACACAAAUAAAUGCGAAUUUUUUAGUUUAA